CUUUUUUCCGUUUCCCCUCGCGCUCCUCGCACCCUGCGGGUGGCGCGCGCGUCGCAGAUUGCGCACCUGAGCGCGCGCCUGAAACUCAUUUCCUGAUUGGCCGGCUGGCCGCUGCCCAGUCUAACAGAAAGCUUCGGAGCGGCGUGGAACCUCGGUCAGCCCCAGGGACUGAGCCGCCGUCGGUUAAAUGGUGUUUGUCCACGCGGGUACCCCACCAUGGAGCUACUGGUUCGUUAUCUGGACAGACGCAGUUCAAUAAGCUCUGUCAUGAUGCAGGACGUUGUAAAAGAGGAGAGCCUGAGAGACGACCUGAGGUACUACUUCAUGAGCCCGUGUGAGAAGUACAGGGCCCGCCGCCACCUACCCUGGAAGAUGGGCGUCCAGAUUCUGAAGAUCAUCAUGAUCACGACACAACUCGUCCUGUUCGGCCUCAACAACCAGCUGGUGGUGGCCUAUAAAGAGGAGAACGCCAUGGCCCUGAAGAACCUUUUCCUGAAAGACUACAGCGGGGUCGACGAGGACGACUACUGUGUUGCCGUUUACACCAAGCAAGCUGUCUACGACAGUCUGUUCUAUGUCCUGGAUCAGGUUUUAAAUCUGGAGUCCUGCAGGUUGGCCUUCAGAAGUCUGGUGCUGGGCUUUGUGGAGGGCCAUGACCUUCUGUUUGUUUUACCACAACAAGCCGAACUAAAAAUGGAAUGGAUAAUACUGUCCUUAUUGAUUGAGUUUGGUCCCAGAAUGUUCGUUAAACUCUUCCCAGCGCCGUCCCUGUUUUUAGCCUCUUUAGACGAUGCGAAUCGAUUCACCCGAGUCCUCUUGCGUCCGCAGUACAGUCAGCUGGGGCAGCUCUCUGUGGGCCCCAUCAGUUAUGCCGAGGACGAAUUCGGCAAGCUGCAGCCGCUCAUCAUCUGCAAACAGCACUACAAGAGAGGCAGCCUCAAGCCUUCAGAUGAAGCCUUUGAUAUUGACGCCCAGUUGGAAACCGUAUACAAGAGGCUCGUUGACAUCAAGAUAACGUUCCAGCUGAAGGGAAUCAACCUGCAGACGGUUCGCUCGCGGGAGUUACCCGACUGCUACUCCUUCUAUGUUACGAUCACAUUUGACAACCAGUGUCAUAGUGGGAAGAAGAACACGCACUAUCUGCUGGUGUUUGAUGCCUUUGUGAUCCUGGUUUGCAUCACUUCUGCGGCGUUGUGCACGCGCUCAAUCGUACUGGCUGUGAGGCUGCUACAGAGAUUCUCACGAUACUUUGAUGAGAACUUCAACCGUAAAGUGUGUGAGGAUGACCAGAAGGAGUUUCUGAAUGGCUGGUAUGUUUUGGUCAUCGUCAGUGACAUCAUGGCCAUAAUUGGAUCCAUACUUAAGAUGGAAAUACAAGCAAAGAGUCUGACAAGUUAUGAUGUGUGCAGUAUCUUCCUGGGAACGUCUACCUUAAUGGUGUGGGUCGGAGUGAUCAGGUACCUGGGAUACUUCCAAAAAUACAAUGUACUGAUUUUGACCAUGAAAGCAGCAUUCCCUAAAGUCCUGCGUUUCUGCUGUUGUGCUGGCAUGAUUUACCUCGGCUACACAUUCUGCGGAUGGAUCGUACUGGGGCCGUACCACGAGAAGUUUGAGGGCCUGAGCCGCGUGGCGGAGUGCCUGUUUUCCCUGCUGAACGGGGACGACAUGUUCACAACCUUUGCCCAGCUGAAAGACAAGAAUAUUCUGGUGUGGCUCUUCAGUCGGGCUUACCUGUACUCCUUCAUCUCCUUGUUCAUCUAUAUGGUGCUGUCCCUCUUUAUCGCCCUCAUCACCGACUCCUAUGAGACCAUCAAGAAAUACCAGCGGGACGGAUUCCCCCUGACAGACCUGCAGAAGUUCCUCCGAGAGCAAAAAGACUUCCCGGUCAUAGCUGAGAACGGCCGAACAGUCGCUGAGCUCAAACACCCUGCGCUCUCCUGCUGCCAACGGGUUCCAGCAAAUGAUGACGUCAUACUGAUCAGCUGAUUGCCACACCACCCUCAGAUGAGCUAGCUCUGGGGGAGGAGGAUGCUGGGAACAGGUCUUCACCUCCUUGAAACGAACUCUGAGAUUAAUCGCCUGGAAAGUGUAACGUUAUAUGAAUCGGCUCCUCCCACUGACCCUGAAAUGAGAUCAAGCAACACGGAACUGGGAACAAGAUAAAACAAAACAAAUGUUUCAUGCACUGACAGUAUCCAGUGGGAUUUCAGGAUGCCAUUUAGAUGUUUACUGGGCCUUUUCAAGGUCUGCUCAAGCAUUCCAAUGCCAAGGAACUGGACUCUGGGCUCUCUGGAUCUGAGUAUUGAUACAUAAACAGGUGCUCUGCAACAUAAUGCAGAGCUGGAUGUAAUUUAUUUAUCAAGCAUUGAAGUAAAAGAUUGCAGUAAAGUUUGUCUUUUUUUGUUGUUUUGUCUUUAUGGGCAGAUAGUAUAGUGACAGUUAUAGGAACUUGAAAUUGGCUCAUAUGAAGUGCUCAAAAGGUUCCCCCUGAUUUGCAAAUAUGCCGUCAUGGCUAGGCUGAAUAAGAAGGGUAUUUCUAAGAUGACACCAGAGCUACUGACGAGUUACUAUUAUCAGAAAAUGUUUUAGCUUGUUGAGAUAAGACAAGCUGGCACAAGACUUAUUUUUACGCGUGAUGACAGCGUUGUAAAGUUUUCUGAAUCUCAUCCAUUGUACUGCUAUGGUUUGUCUCCCUUGCGCAAUUUCUCUGGUAUCCAAAACAUCUCCUGCUAAUUCGGUGCCUGAGGUGGUAUCAUCACACCUUAUCAGGAGAGGACGGGCUACCACACUCUAUUCCAGGU